AUGAAGGUGCAAUUUUUCAUUCUCCUUGUGAUAAUCUCGUGGUGUACAAAGAAGAUUACUUCUCUUCCUUCUGAAUCUCGAGAACUUGAUAGAAGUGAUUUUCCCGAUGGUUUCGUUUUUGGAACUGCUACGUCGGCCUUUCAGGUAAAUGAUGGAGUAAACAAAGAAGGUUUACAAUUCUACAAUGAUCUCAUUGACGAGCUGACUGCUAAUGGCAUUCAACCUGCGGCGACUCUCUACCAUUGGGACCAUCCUCAAGCUCUCGAAGACGAGUAUGGUGGUUUCUUAAGCCCUAAAAUUAUGUAA